AUGGGAGCAAUGGAAGGUCACAAGGCAGAAGAAAAGGUGGUAGAUAUUCUUCGACUGAAUGUGGGUGGCUGUAUUUACACAGCCAGACGUGAGUCCUUGUGCCGCUUUAAAGACUCGAUGCUGGCAUCCAUGUUCAGUGGUCGUUUUCCUCUAAAAACAGACGAAUCAGGGGCUUGUGUUAUUGACCGUGAUGGACAUCUAUUUAAAUAUCUCUUGGAUUAUCUUCAUGGAGAAGUUCACAUUCCCACAGAUGAGCAAACCCGUGUUGCUCUGCAGGAAGAGGCUGAUUAUUUUGGCAUCCCGUAUCCAUACAGCCUGUCUGACCACUUGGCCAAUGAAAUGGAGACAUAUUCUUUAAGGUCAAAUAUAGAACUUAAAAAGGCUUUAACAGACUUCUGUGAUUCAUAUGGUUUAGUUUGCAAUAAGCCAACAGUUUGGGUUCUCCACUAUCUUAACACAUCUGGUGCAAGCUGUGAGAGUAGAAUUAUUGGUGUAUAUUCCACAAAAACUGAUGGAACAGAUGCUAUUGAUAAGCAGCUGGGAGGAAGAAUUCACAGUAAAAGCAUUUUUAAAAGAGAGGCGGGGAAUAAUGUUCAGUACAUUUGGAGCUAUUAUUCAGUAGCUGAAUUGAAGAAAAUGAUGGAUGCCUUUGAUGCCUGGGAAGGAAAAGGUGUUAGCUACUGGCGGGUGCCUCAUGAGCUGAUAGAAUGUUGGACUCUGGAAGAGCGGCCUUUACUUGGAAGCCUGCGUCACAUGGCCCCAAUUCGAAAGAGGCGACUGAUAGCUUUCAAUGAAGAAGAAGAAGAAGUGAACUGUAAGACUGGUCCUAAACCAGUCCGAUUUCUGGGCCCUUCCACCAGCACCCAAAUUAAAGUCAAGAACUCGGCGUCGGUCCGAGUGUCUCCGGCCAGCGCCCUCCACUCUUCAGGCGGAAAGGCAGCGCAGCGUUCUGCGUCGCCAAAGGCCCCGUCGUCGGUGGGCACCGUGCUGCCAGGCCAGCCCCAGGCUUCCCGUGGGGCCAGGAGCGCUGCUGAAAACGGAGCCGCACACCCACCUCCAGCCAAGGUCCUGCUCUCAGACAAGAAAGCCACCCCGCCGCGAGUGAUAAAACUGAAGCGAACUCCACUAUGCGCCGCCGGGCCUUUCCCGCCAGCCGGGGGAGCACCGCGACCCGCGGAAUCCCCAGCGCCGCCCCCGGAAGACCCUGACGCGCACGCGCGGACUGAAAACGGGCGGGGCCAGGCUGAUUGACAGAAAAGUGGGUUCCUGACCUCCAGCUCGCCUCUCGGAGCGCCCGACCCGUGUGGUGCAAAUAAGUGGCGCUGUUCUUGGUGCAGUAGAGGUGAAAGCUUAUGCUGGUCUUUAGGAUCGUUAUGGGAAAAAUGAAGUGAGUCAAGUAGGAAUGGAGGAAGGAAGCUUUAAGUGGUUGAGCCUAUCUUUACUUUUCAUUUUCCUUACUUUGACAUGGUUUGUCUACUGAUAGUUUGAAUUUCAGGGUGGUUUUGUUGGGUUUUGGGUUUUUUUUUUUUUGAUGGUUAAUCCGUAUUAAGGCAACAAAACAGCACAGUACAAUAAAACAGUACAGCAGAACCAUCACUAGAGAAGUCUACUUUGUUGCUGAGUAAUUACAGACUUUAGGCUCUUUUGUAAUGUUACUCAUUGCUGCCCAGGGCCAAGAGUGGGAUUAGUAUUCCCGUCUGCUGAAACAGAAUAAGAGAGGGUGGCGUUAAUGCUUCCAUGCGCUGUGUCCCAGCCAAGAGAGAUUUGAGAGAAAAUGUGCACCAAGGUGAACCCCCCCACAGGUUACUUUCAGUCUCAAAAGCCGUCAUGAAAAGAUAUGAGGAGGAAAAAAAGAGUAAUUGAAGAUCACACUUUGACUCAAAGUAUUUUCUUUCCUAGAUUGGUUUUUUUCUUUGUCUUUUCUGGUAGCAGAUUUAUUUAUACAUUACAAGAUAUCUUGGAAUGAGAACCAUAUAACAUGUCUUCAGAAUGAAUUGUUAAAAUGUUUUAAUUUGAAUAAGUGAAGUUUUGAAAGUACUUUGAAAAAGAAGUUAAACAUUAACUUUUAACUAAAGUUACUAUUUGUUUCUCAGGAAUGACCACUGAAGAGUCAUUCUGACCAUAUAAUAUGAUUUUUAUGCAUAAAAUUCCUAUUUAGCUUGAACUUAAUAUUUUUAAACAAUCUUUUAAUUAAUCCUCUAUUUUUUCACAACUAUUCAGUUGUAUGUGUUUACUCUUACAUGUUAAGUUUUAUAAUUGGAUCCCAUAUUUCUGCCUUCAGUAAGCAGUAUGCCUACAGUGUAUUAAAAAUAAGUCCAUAAAGCAGGGUACUUUUUCCUCAAUGCUUAUCAUUGUACUUGCAUUACUUUGAAAGAGUGAAUAUACUCAAAACAUUACUUUUUACAAAAUAAAGUAAAACUUUUCCAUAAAAAGUAA